UACAGUCUUAAAAAUGGAGCUCUUCAAGAUAUGCUUUCUGUUAUCAUUAUGUCAUGUGAAUAUUGCACUUUCACUGAUAUUUCGAGAAAAUGACUGGAUAGCUAAUCAAAAACCUGGAAAAAACGAAGGCUGUGGUAAGCUUCAAAAAGUAAAGAAUGGGGAGGCUACUCUAGACAGCAAAUCUGAUUCAAGUGUUGGAUCGACUGCAAGCAUUACCUGUAAAUCGGGAUUUGAGGCUGAUCAGGAAAAAAUAACUUGCCUGGAAACAGGAAAAUGGGAAAAGGCUACUUGCACUGAAAUAGAAACAAAGGCUUGUGGUAAACUAAACAAGGUGAAGAAUGGCAAGGCAACCCUUGACAAAAAGUCUACGUCAACUGUCAGAUCAACUGCAAGCAUUCGCUGUAAGUCUGGAUUUGAUGCUGACCGUGAGAAAAUAACUUGCCUGGAAACAGGGGAAUGGGAAGAGGCUACUUGUAACAAACAAGAGACAAAAGGAUGUGGCAAGCUCAAAAAAGUGAAAAAUGGAAAAGCAACCCUUGACAUUAAAGCUACGUCAACUGUUGGAUCAACUGCAAGCAUCCGCUGUAAGUCUGGGUUUGAGGCAGAUCGUGAGAAAAUAACUUGCCUGGAAACAGGGGAAUGGGAAGAGGCUACCUGUAACAAACAAGAGACAAAAGAAUGUGGCAAACUCAAAAAGGUGAAAAAUGGAAAAGCAACCCUUGACAUUAAAUCAACUUCAACUGUUGGAUUAACUGCAAGCAUCCGCUGUAAAUCUGGAUUUGAGGCAGACCGUGUGAAAAUAACUUGCCUGGAAACAGGGGAAUGGGAAGAGGCCACUUGUAACAAACAAGAGACAAAAGAAUGUGGCAAACUCAAAAAGGUGAAAAAUGGAAAAGCAACCCUUGACAUUAAAGCUACGUCAACUGUUGGAUCAACUGCAAGCAUCCGCUGUAAGUCUGGAUUUGAGGCAGACCGUGUGAAAAUAACUUGCCUGGAAACAGGGGAAUGGGAAGAGGCCACUUGUAACAAACAAGGGAUUACAGAUUGUGGAAAACCCCAAAAAAUAAAGGAUGGAAAGGCAACUCCAGACAACAAAGUUAAUACAACUGUUGGAGCAACUGCUAGCAUUCGCUGUAAGCCUGGAUUCGAAUCUGACCGGAAGACUAUAACUUGCCUGAAAACAGGAAAAUGGGAAAAAGCCACAUGUUCAGACAUAGACUGUGGUACUCCUAUGAAUGUAACAAAUGGGGUUUUGAACUACACAACAACAACAUAUCAAUCCCGCGCUUCUCUUGUCUGUGAUGCUGGAUAUAAUGGAAGUCAUUCAACAAUACGUUGCCGUGUCUCUGGCAGUUGGGAUAAAGCAACAUGUGAUAUCAAAGACUGUGGUACCCCUUCAAGUGUGACAAAUGGAGCUUUGAACUUCACAACAACAACAUUUGGAUCAAGCGCAUCCCUUGUUUGUGAUACAGGAUAUGAUGCAAGUCAUGCAGCCAUAAAUUGUCUUGACACUGGCAGUUGGGAAACACCAACAUGUAAUAUCAAAGACUGUGGUACCCCUUCAAAUGUGACAAGUGGAGCUUUGAACUUCACAACAACAACGUUUGGAUCAAGCGCAUCCCUUGUUUGUGAUACAGGAUAUGAUGCAAGUCAUGCAGCCAUAAAUUGUCUUGACACUGGCAGUUGGGAAACACCAACAUGUGAUAUCAAAGACUGUGGUUCCCCUGCAAAUGUGACAAAUGGAGCUGUGACCUUCACAACAACAACAUUUGGGUCAAGCGCUUCAAUUGCUUGUGAUACUGGAUAUAAUGCAAGCCAUUCAACAAUAAGCUGUCUUGACACUGGCAGUUGGGAAACAGCAACAUGUACCAUCACAGACUGUGGUUCCCCAGCAAAUGUGACAAAUGGAGCUGUGACAUUCACAACAACAACAUUUGGGUCAAGUUCUUCAAUUAUCUGUGAUACUGGAUAUAAUUCAAGCCAUUCAACAGUUAGCUGUCUUGACACUGGCAGUUGGGAAACAGCAACAUGUAUCAUCACAGACUGUGGUUCCCCUGCAAAUGUGACAAAUGGAGCUGUGACCUUCACAACAACGACAUUUGGGUCAAGCGCUUCAAUUGCCUGUGAUACUGGAUAUAAUGCAAGCCAAUCAACAGUUAGCUGUCUUGAAACUGGCAGUUGGGAAACAGCAACAUGUACCAUCACAGACUGUGGUUCCCCUGCAAAUGUGACAAAUGGAGCAGUGACCUUCACAACAACAACAUUUGGGUCAAGCGCUUCAAUUGCUUGUGAUACUGGAUAUAAUUCAAGCCAAUCAACAGUUAGCUGUCUUGACACUGGCAGUUGGGAAACAACAACAUGUACCAUCACAGACUGUGGUUCCCCUGCAAAUGUGACAAAUGGAGCUGUGACCUUCACAACAACAACAUUUGGGUCAAGCGCUUCAAUUAUCUGUGAUACUGGAUAUAAUGCAAGCCUUUCAACAAUAAGCUGUCUUGACACUGGCAGUUGGGAAACAGCAACAUGUACCAUCACAGACUGUGGAAUCCCUUCAAAUGUGACAAAUGGAACUUUGGCCUUCACAACAACAACAUUUGGAUCAAAUGCUACCCUUGUCUGUGCUUCUGGGUAUAAUGCAAGCCAUCCACAAAUAAGCUGUCUUGAAAAUGGAAGUUGGGAAACACCAACAUGUAAUAUAGCUCGGUAGACGUCAUUUGCAGUUAAAUCUUAUUGAACUUGCCCAUCUUUCAAUC